GGCCGAUAGACCUAGCAAUAGCCAUUAAUUUUAUCGUUAUUUUAUAUAAAAUGGAGAAGUUAGUUAGAAGGCUGGGCAAGCUAUCGGUUCUUGCGGGAUCUGUCGCGCUGGUACCAAGUACCUGUCUUGUUGAUGUUGACGGCGGCCAGCGCGUAGUCAUGUUUAAUCGGUUUGCCGGCGGUGUAAGCGAGAAGACACUGGGUGAAGGUAGCCAUUUCUAUCUCCCGUGGUUCCAGAUGCCACACAUCUACGAUAUCAGGACUAAGCCUAAGGUUAUCAAUACAACCACGGGUACCAGGGAUCUACAGAUGGUAUCCAUCAGUCUGAGGCUUCUAUACAGGCCAAUUACCGAGAACUUGCCCCGUAUACACCAGAAACUGGGUCCGGACUAUGACGAACGUGUGCUUCCAUCCAUUAGCAACGAGGUUCUAAAGGCAGUUGUAGCCAGGUACAACGCUGAGUCUCUGCUGACACAAAGGGAUCAGGUGUCCUCCGAUAUCCGCAUGGCCAUUACAGCUCGUGCCAAGCAGUUCGAUAUCAAAUUGGAUGACGUUGCCAUAACUCACCUGAGUUACGGUAAAGAUUUCAGCAAGGCCAUUGAGCAGAAGCAAGUAGCUCAACAGGAGUCCGAGCGCGUGAAGUUCAUUGUACAGAAAAGUGAGCAGGAGAAAAUCGCCGCCAUUGUAAAGGCUGAGGGUGAAGCUGAGGCUGCCAACCUUAUAUCGCGGGCCAUUCAGGAACACGGCACUGGUAUGUUAGAGAUACGGAAGCUGGAGGCCGCUAAGGAAAUUGCGGAAACACUGGCAUCCUCCAAAAACAUCGCCUACGUGCCAAAUACCACAAAUAUCUUACUUAACGCCUCAAACAUGUAAUUGGCAUCUAUCAAAUGUUACUAUUGUCUAUGCUAGGGUC